GAGGGCUUUGGAGACAACCUGCAAUGUAGACCCAAAAUGUAUUCGCGCGAAUGUCUCCGCGACACUGCUUUCCCAUGAACAUAAAGAAGAUCCCUCAAGAAUCGCUUUCCCUGCUCAGUCCUCCGCUAGUCGACAGAAGGAAGUUGCAAAAGUCUCCUCUGUAUUAAGAUUCAUGUUGGCUAAAGGACUGAAGCGCAAGCUUAGUGAUUACGAAGAAAAUAUGGCUGGUGUUCCUGGUGCCUUUGAUUCUAACCCAGGGCUGCCCUAUACUUUGCAGAGACAGUUGGUACUUAAUAUGUGCCUUAUCAAAUUGCAAAGCUGUCGGAUGCUGGUGGAACCAAACUUGCACCGUUCUGUCCUUAUCGCAAAUACUGUUCGGCAGAUCCAGGAGGAAAUGAGGCAAGAAAGCAGUCAAGAAGGAUCUAAUAUCUGCAGUGGAGCAAGUUCAGUUCCAGACUCGUAUACAGCAUCUCAGGCCAGUAUUGAAUUAACUGGAACACCAUCAUCUAUUCAAAACAGUUCUCUGGAUUUGAAUAUUUCUUCAGAUUUUUCAGAAAAUCAGAUUGAGAACUCUCUAGUAGUUGUUUCAGAUGAUGACAUGUCAUCCGCCAUUUCAUCAAUCCUUAAAGAUUUGGAUUUCAUGGAGGAUAUUAGCCCAUCUCCUUGUCCUGCACCUGCAGGUGAAGAUGACCCAAAUUCAGACACCUCUUUGGCAGACAGACCACAAGAAACUAGGCCUGCAGAAACUGUGUUUGGCUCUUUUGAAAUCACAAAUUCAACGAGUUACCUAACAGACCUUGCUUUUGAUGACAUAUUUGAUGACAUUGAUACGUCCAUGUAUGACUCAGAUCUGUGCUUACUUCCAUUAACACCUACUAGAACACCACCAGCUAACGUGGAUGAUGUUUCAAAACCCUUUCAGUUAUGCAACUCUGCGUCAGUGAACACCAUUCAGAUCUGCAGAGUAGAUUUGAGUGACCUGGACCAUAUCAUGGAAAUUCUUGUAGGAUCCUAAUUCACCACUGGGGUGUUGCAGAAUUUUGUGUGCUUGUCUUCCGAAUUAAUUAUGACAACUAUAGCUGUACCAUUAGAGAUGGAAACAGCCAGUAUAAUAGCUAGCUGUGUUCAACUUUACACAUCAUUGGAGGGUUUAAGUAAUUUUCAACUUUUUAAAUAUUUCAAGAAGUUGGAAACAAAAUGCUACAGCAAGAACUCUGGUACUUAGCAUGUGAAUUAUGGCAGAGGAACUGUUGGCUAAUAAUGCUAACUUCUGGUUUGCUAUGCACAGAUGUGCCCUUAACCACUUGGGUUAUUUUUUUAAUGGGAUAAGAUUGUUUUUAAGAAAUGAAUGAACUGCUGAAACAUGUUGAAUAUUAACUUAAUCAACUAAACCUUUAAUAGAGACUGAAUAGUAUUUUGUGUUUCUGUACAUCUUUUUAAUAGUUAUGGUUUUCAGCAUUUAUAUCUGCAGUGUGAGAGGAACUAAUUAUCUGAAGGACAUAGUUAGCAGGUUUAUUCUAUUGACUAAAGCACACAGUAUGUUUUAUUUCCUUACAGAUGUUUUAUAUGGUAUUCUUGAACCAACAAA